GCAAGAGCAGGUUUGGAUGGGUUCCGUUUGUCGAACAGGCCGGAUUGGCUUCUCCGGAGCGAAGGGAGUAUUCGCUCCAUCAGGGACAAUUCCAGUUGCCGCCCCCACCACCUCUUAUGGCAAACCAUGCGCUGCGCUUCGGGAAUGGUUACAGUGCUGCUACUCCUCGCUCUAUAGCAACGGGUGGGAGAGCCUCAUCGGUUCAUUCUGGUACAAGCUCGACGCAAAGCACGCCCACCAAGAGUGUUUCUAAGCCCAUGAUCAAUGGGGUUAGCAACUCUCGUGCUCCACAGUGUGGUGGAACAGCCAAGACUAUGAAUUUUUCGGUAUCAUCUAAAGGGAUACCAUUGUCAUCUGCACCUCUACUUGUUUAUGCAUCGGUAGAAGUGCCACAUUUUGAGCUCAAGGAGGAUCCCUCCUUUUGGAUGGAUCACAAUGUACAGGUUGUGAUUCGGGUUCGUCCUAUCAACAUCGUAGAGAGAAGUCAACAAGGUUACAGUAGAUGCAUAAAGCAGGAAAGUGCACAAAGCAUCACAUGGAUUGGACAAUCAGAGACUCGAUUUUUGUUUGAUUAUAUAGCAUGUGAAACUGUCAAUCAGGAGAUGCUGUUUCGAGUAGCUGGACUUCCAAUGGUUGAAAAUUGCAUGUCUGGAUAUAACAGUUGUGUGUUUGCUUAUGGACAAACUGGAAGUGGGAAGACACAUACAAUGCUUGGAGAAAUUAAUGAUCUGGAAAUCAGAUCGAGUACAAACCGAGGAAUGACACCACGAAUUUUUGAAUUCUUGUUUGCACGGAUUAAAGCGGAGGAAGAGAGCAGGAGGGAUGAAAAACUUAAAUACACUUGCAAGUGUUCAUUUUUGGAGAUUUAUAAUGAACAAAUUUCUGAUCUUCUCAACCCUUCCUCCACUAACUUGCUUAUUCGAGAAGAUCCGCAAAAGGGAGUUUAUGUUGAAAACCUUUUCGAAGUUGAAGUUGAAAAUGUUUAUGACAUUUUGCAACUUCUUAUUCAGGGUGCUGCAAAUAGGAAAGUAGCAGCAACAAUGAUGAAUCGUGAAAGCAGUCGUUCUCAUAGUGUAUUCACUUGCACCAUAGAGAGCAGAUGGCAAAAAGAUUCAACAAGUACAUUGCAUUUUGCAAGGUUGAACCUCGUGGAUCUUGCAGGAUCUACAAGGCAAAAAACAUCAGGUGCUGAAGGGGUUCGCUUAAAGGAGGCGCUUAAAGGAGGCUUCAAAUUAUCAACACUUGGGCAUGUAAUAAUGGUUUUAGCAGAUUUAGCAAAUGGAAGGCAAAGACAUGUUCCUUACAGAGAUUCGAGACUGACAUUUCUUCUUCAAGAUUCUCUUGGUGGAAAUUCAAAAACAAUGAUCAUUGCAAAUGUCAGUCCUUCUAUAUGCUCAGCAAAUGAAACGUUAAGCACUCUUAAAUUUGCCCAGCGUGCGAAAGUUAUUCAGAACAAUGCUGUUGUGAAUGAAAAUGCUUCGGGUGAUGUCUUCGCCUUACAACAUCAAAUACAUUUGUUAAAGGAGGAGCUCUCCAUGCUCAAGCAGCAAAACAUCUCGAGAUCAUUAUCUUUUCAUACGAAAACUCUUGAAAAGGCUGACUAUGAUGCUAAUUCUCCUAAAAAAUUGCCUGGAAUUCUAUCCGAGUUUAACCAGAUCCCCGACAAUGAAGAAUUGCAGGAUGUUAAUGUUUUAAAUAAGCAGUUGAAAUCAUUUGAAGCAUUGUUAGCUGGUGCAUUUCGAAGAGAAAAAAUGGCUGCCAUUUCCAUGAGGCAACUUGAAGCAGAAAUUGAGCAGCUCAACCGCCUGGUUCGUCAAAGAGAAGAAGACUCUCAAUGUUCGAAAAUGAUGAUCAAAUUUCGAGAAGAUAAAAUUUAUAGGAUGGAAGCACUUUUGAAUGGACUGAUUCCAUCAGAAUCCUAUCUACGUGAGGAGAAUAAUGCUUUAUCUGAAGAAAUAAAAUUGCUUCGAACAAAGAUUGAUAGAAAUCCUGAAGUAACUCGUUUUGCCUCGGAAAAUAUAAGACUCUUAGAAGAACUGAGGAAGUUUCGGGAUUUCUAUGACAAAGAAGAAAGAGGCCUUUUAUUAACUGAAUUAUUUGAGUUGCGAAAUCAGCUUGCACAUUUCCUUGAUGGGAAACUAAAGUCUGACAUUAAUGCUCAGGAUCUUUGUUUGGCUUCUCCCGAAAAAGUGCCUUGUUCAUGUAGCACAAAGCAUGCUGAAGAAGUUUUGAAUCUGGAACAAGAGCUAGGCAGACUGAAGACAAUUAUUGCAGUAGAGAAAUCAUCUCGCGUUGAGGCAGAAAAAAGAGCAAUUCUUUCAGAAACUGAGCUAAGCAUCACAAAUGAUAAGCUCCUGCGGAUAAGUAAGGAAUAUGAUGCAACAACAAACAAAUUGAAGGACACAAGGUCUGUCAUUGAAGCCCUUGAAUCCCAACAAAUGCUUUCGAUUAAUGAACUUGAGGAACUGAGAGAGAAUAACAUUCGAUUUGCGGAUACUGUGAAGAUACAGGAGCAACAGAUCUCCACAAUUAAGAAACAGCUUGCUUUGCGCAUUGAUGUUGGAAACAGAAAAUCUAUUAUUGCUCAUGAAAUAUUGAGAGAAGAUUACUCUGAAAGUGAGUGUUCUUCUCCUUUUCAGGAUAAACUGAAAAGAGUGCAAGCUUCUCUAGAAAAAGCUUGGAACCUGAACAUAAGGUGUCAAAGUGACCAGGCAUCUCACUCAUCCAGUGAAAGAGAAAUGGAUGAAGUUCGUAGGCAAGUUGAAGCUGAAACUGCUGAAGUUAUUGUCUGCCUGCAAGAGGAGCUCACCAUAGUUAAUCAUAUAGUUGAUGAAUGCAACAAAAAUGAAUUGUUGGCCAAACAACGCUUAAUGGAUCUUGAAAAGGAGAAAAAGGAGCAAGAUGAUAAACUCUAUUUGUUAACUCUAGAAAAUAUAAGGCUUGCCAAAUUAACUGAAGAGAAAGAGCAGAAUGCGAGUUCAAUCAUGGAACAUUGGGAGCAACUAGCCAUUGAAAUUUUAGAUCUUCUUGAGAACGGAAAGACACAACUCGAUAAUGCCACUCAUGAGGCAGCUUCUAUUUCUGAUAUUUGCUCUAACAAAAGUUGGAUCACUGAGCAAUUUGGAAAAAUCAUUAUGGGAAUCUCUAAAAGAGAUUCUUUAAUUGAAGAACUACAGAAGAAUUUGGAAGAUGUUUGUUAUGUAAGGCAUGAUAUGGAGUCAAAAUUGAUGACCUUGAGAGGAGCAAUACUGGCUAUUACUGAAGCACAACAGCAAGAAAAUUCUGACAAAGAAAGCAGAAUUCUCCAUUUAACUUCACUAUUGGUCGAGAAAACAUCUAUCAUAUCUGAAUUAGAAGACAAAGUUGAGGAUGCUGUAAGAAAAGUUAGGAAAGCUGAGAUAUGCGCUGCAAUUUUUUUCAUUAUUGGGAAGAAAUUAUAUGAGAUAAAUAAGAUUCAUCUUCAAGCAUUGGAUGAGGCCAACUUGCAGCUUAGAGAAUCUGAAAGUACUAUUCCGCAAAAAGAUGACAUCAUACAAGGGCAUGCUUCUUUACUACCCAAUGAAGGCAAAGGUUGUCAAGAUCAAAGAGCACUGGUAGAGCAAAAUUAUCAACAUGCCACUUCUCUAGAACACUGGAAAGACGAUUAUUUAGAUACCAGUUCGAAGAACGAGGAGGGAAACAUCACUACUCCAGAUUCUUCUUGUGGUCUUGUAGAAGCAAAGAUAAAGCUUCGAGAAUUUCAAAUGCAAAUGAGUACACUGAAAUCUUGUAUGCAUGAGUAUGCUGAUAACCAGUCUAACAUUGGAUCUAGUCAAGAUACUCACAAUGAUGAGCAAAAGAAUGCUGAAAGCAUGCAGUGUAUCAUUGAGAAUUAUUCUACCAAAAAAAUGAAUAAAUCUUACAAACAAUUGCCCGAAGACAUACUUGAGAGGGAGGAAACUAUAGAAAUUUUAAGAAAGGAAAUAGAAUCAGCUCUUCAAAGCUUAAAGGAGGUCCAGUGUCAAAUGGCUGAAAUGUUUGAUGAGAAAGAAGAUAUUAAGAAGUCCAUGUUGUGCAGCCACAAUAGCAUCAAAGGUCUGACGACUGAAGUUCAUUGGUUGUAUUCAAAGAUUCUUAAUAAGGAAAAAGAGUUUGAAUUUAAGCUGCUCCAAUUAGAAGAAAAACUGCAAACAUUUGAGGGGAAUUCAGUGGCAUUUAAUUGCUUGUGGAGGAAAGAAAAGGAGAAAAAACAUCUUCUUGAGGAUUUGCAGAAAGAAAUGUAUUGCAUCAGAUAUGAAAAGGAUAAACUUGAAUCUAAUGUGUCUACCUUGACUGAGAAGUUGAUCCUUGUUGAAGUAAAUAAAUCGAUUGCUGCUGAGCAGGUGGAGAAUCAGUCGAUGGAGAAUGAGGAGUUGAAAUUAAGACUAAUGGAGAUGUCAAUGGUGCUUGAUCAGAAAAAACAGCUUUAUGAGGACCUGCAGAAAGAAAUAUGUUGCUUCAAACAUGAAAAUGAUAAACUUGAAUCUCAUGUGUCUACCUUGACUGAGAAAUUGAUCCUUGUUGAAGAAAAUAAAGCCAUUGCCGCUGAGCAGCUUGAGAAUCAGUUGAUGGAGAAUGAGGAGCUGAAACUAAGAUUAAUGGGGAUGUCAAUGAUGCUCGAGGAACUCCGGAGCAAAUAUGUAGUGUGCAAAGAAUCGGAUAAUAUGAAAACCAUAGCUAUGGAGAGGUUAAAGAAAGAAUUGCUUGAUGCAUGUAUAUUGAUUGGGCAAAGAGAAGUUCUUGUUGUGGAGUUGCAAAAGGACAUGUCCAAAAUUGCACACGAGAAAGACGAAUUUGAAUCUGAGGCAUACACUUUAAAAGAGAAGUUGAUCCUUGUUGAACAAAAUAAAUUCAUCGUUGCUGAGCAGCUGGAGAAUCAGGUGAUGGAGAAUGAGGAGCUGAAAUUAACAUUAAUGGAGAUGUCAAUGGGGCUUGAGGAACUCCAACGAAAAUAUGAAGUAGUAUGCAAAGAAUCAAAUAAUGUGAAAACAAUCGCUUUGGAGAGGUUAAAGAAAGAAUUGCUUGAUGCAAGUAUCUUGAUUGGGCAAAGAGAUGUUCUUGUUGAGGAGGUGCAGAAGGACAUGUCCAGAAUUGCACAUGAGAAAGAAAAGUUUGAAUUUGAGGCAUACACUUUAAAAGAGAAGUUGAAAUUAGCGAAAUCCAUUGCUAAAAAAAAUGAAGCUGUGGAAACAGAAUCUCCACAAAGGAAGCUAUUGAUGGAAAAUGAGCAGCUGAAGUUACAAUUAGAACAUAUGACAAGGAUGCUUCAUGAGGUGAAGACUCUCAAUCGAAAUCUACAAGAAGAGUUGGAGGAUAAAAUGAGUUCUGCAAUUUUGCAAAAAAAGCUGCAUGAUUCGCUUAGCGAAAGAAGUAAUGUUUUUGAGGAGUUCCAGAAUGAGAUGACAGUAAGCACACAUUCGAAAGAACAACUUGAAUCUCAGGUGUCUAUUUUGAAAGAAAAGCUUAAAUUGGCAGAAUCCCUUGCUGUAGUAAAUAAAGUUGUUGCAAUAGAAGCCCGACAGAUUGCAGAAGAAAGAAGAUCGUAUGCUCAAGUCAAAGAAGAGGAGGUUAAGCUGUUAGAGAGAUCAAUUGAAGAGCUUGAAUGCACAGUUAAUGCAUUGCAAGAACAGGUAAAAAUUGUGAAAGGAGAAGCAGAAAGGCAAAGAAUACAACGCAAUGAGCUGGAAAUGGAAGAAGAGGCAAAAAGGUUUGUUUUAAAACUUAGCAAUUUACCUUCAGGAUUACAAGAAUAGGUAACCUAAGAGCACGACUAAACAAGGAAAAAUUCUAUUAUAGAUUGCAGUAAGCACCGAAAUAAUUUUUAAAUCAAGGAAAUAAACAAGAAACAAGCUUCCAAUCACGCUAAAAUCUGUUCUAAAAUAACCAUACUAAGCUUGCCCUAAAACCGGAUUGUCUUGUCCCACUGCAUGGAGUUCUAUACAUGAUCAUUUCUCUUCAUUUUGUCUUAUUGAGUAUUAUAUUUUCAUUUAAUUCUAAUACAUUAAGAUAAUUUUUAUGCAACAUGCCCAAGUCUUUUUGGAUAUAUCUCAAUCUUUCUUAACAUUCAAUUAAAAAACAUCAACUCUCCUAAUAGGGCCAUCAUAUGAUCAAUAUUUAAUGUUACCAAGCUAUCUAAGGCGACUCUCUCUAAUCUUGUUUUUCACUAAAGCUACUCCAACCCUUUCACAGAUAGAUUAGUUUCGCAUUUUGUCAAUGUAAAGCCACUCAUGGUAAACUCAUGAGAAACCAACAGGAUUCACACACAUUUGGCUUGAAGCAUUCCUCCAACCUACUGGCAGUUUUAAAUGAAUAUCCCUAGGUAGCCCCUCAUCCAAGAAAUAAGAAAGAAAUUAAAAAAAUGAACCAACAAUCAAAAAAUAGAGGAUCUGAUGAUGUGAAUGCCUUCUUGGAUUCGGUGUCUGACUUAAUGGCUCAUUUUUUAUGUUCCUUGCGGUGACUCUUUGUCUCUUGAUAUCAAUGGCCAUGUCUUCGAAUCACCUUCAUCAAUUAUGGAUCGUAAAAUUUCUCCAACCCACUGACAAAAAAUUCCAUUAGACAAGAGGAGUUACGUGUUCAAUAAAUCUAGAAAUAAUCAUUUGAUUGUGAAUGGAUAAUAGUGACCUAAAUAGAAGCUUUAGGGAAUCCAGGAACCCAUGUUUCUAUUGUUAACAAAGAG